AUGGUGAUCAAAACAUCAAGGACAUGUUCAUGUCAAAGUACUUUCAUACUAUCAUCGUUGGUUCAACAUCCACAACUGCACAACUUUAUAGGGAGUGCAUACAUCCUAAGAUUCCACAACUUGCGGUCCUCGGAUAUUCUGACAACUAUGCGAAUGUCUACACUUCAGAACUACGGUCUAAGUGGCUAGCAUAUUUCAUGGAUGGUGGAUUUAGAUUACCAAGUGUUGAAGCAAUGCAGAGGGAUGUACUUGAAUGCGAGAAGGUAAUGAAGCAUUACUCCCGUGACGAAUCACGUACACCGUGCACUGGACUUCUUCCUACUUGGUACAAUGAUAGAUUAUGUGAAGACAUGGGAUGCAACCCGAGAAGGAAGAAUGGAUUUUUUGCCGAAUUAUUUGAGGCCUAUGGUCCCGAUGAUUAUAGCGAUCUUCACCCUAAGGUUUGUGUCAUGUUCGAAAAGACGAGGCGGCGGUGGCUUCUUGAAGAUGGAAUAAGGUCCUCCCCGUCUAGCCCCCGUUCCAGUGAUGUUUCAAGCGUGGUUGGAAGGCAUGUAAAGGUUUGUCUCCGAUGGAUCUCGUGGGAUCCGGUUGGCGUUUGUCUUCAGUGGAUUCGACUGGAUCCGGUCAACAUUCGUCUACGUCCGUGUGUCUGCAGGUUGGAUCCUUCCGAUUUGCACUUCUCUUCAUCGACGGCGGCUGUUGUUCUGUUGCGCUGGUCCUAUGGGACCUUAGCACGACGACUUCCCGACUGUCUACUACAAUAAUGUUUGCCCGAAUCCGACAAGGGAGGGGCGAUAACGGCGGCACGCCUUCAGCUCGCUCCAGUGAUUGUAGUCGUCGCUAGGAGGUUUACGGAUCUAGAUAUAAAUUUUACUUCUAGUAUUCUAUGUACUACCUUGACAGUUAAUGAAUAGAUCGAAAAUUUUCUCGUAAAAACAAUAGUUUCCUUCGCUUCACUAUUUACGAUGGAGCAAACCUUACUUG